AAUGUACUCCGUGCAUACUCCGGGUAGUGAAUAAAGAUAAUAAAGGCUUCAAUCAACCUUCUGGUUCCACUUAACAGAACCAAAGCGGGCAGAAGGAGAUAUACGCCGUAGGGAACAGCACGGCAUCCCAUUACUCCGAAAUGUCACCCUAAACCUUCAGCGGAACUGCCAUUUCUCGGUUCUCGAUGUGACUUGCUUAUUUUCGUGCUUGUCGUCCCCUCCCCCCUUUCCCUUCGUCAUUUCUCUUACCCAUUGAUACACCAUGGCGUCCACAAAUCACCCCUCGUCGCGUGCUACCCGACUGGAAAAGGCCAUCACCAAUCCCGGAACCGUGAAGAUCAAUGUCAAGGGCGCCUUCAUUGUCGAUGAAGAUCCUCGGUCCAAGAGUCCCGUCAGGUUGGAUGGCGUUCAUUAUGAAGGCCAUGAUAUCCGACUGCCUCAUCACACUGGUGUGGUGAGCCAUGUUGCAGUUGAUAUCGGAGGUUCCCUUGCGAAAUUGAUUUAUUUUACACGAGAGCUGGACUCCGUGGAUAAUGGCGGCCGAUUGAACUUUAUCAACUUUGAAACCCAUCGUAUAGACCUGUGCAUUGAAUUUAUCAAGCAAUUGAAGGAAGAGUACCAGAAAGCGCACGGCCCAUCUAGUGAUGAACUAUGUGUCAUGGCGACGGGCGGCGGUGCCUACAAGUAUUACGACAAGCUGAAGGACUCGUUGAAAGUGAAUAUUAUUCGGGAGGACGAGAUGGAAUGCCUCAUUACCGGACUUGAUUUCUUCAUCACCGAGAUCCCGAACGAAGUGUUCACGUAUAGUGAAGCGGACCCCAUGCAAUUUGCCGAGGCCCGACCGGAUGUGUAUCCGUACCUAUUAGUCAACAUCGGUUCGGGUGUAUCCAUGAUCAAAGUAUCGGGACCUAGGCAAUACCAGCGUGUAGGAGGUACCCAUCUGGGCGGUGGCACCUUCUGGGGCAUCAUGUCGCUUCUGACUGGCGCUCAGACUUUCGACGAUAUGCUGGCGAUGGCGGAUACCGGGGACAACAGUGGGGUCGAUAUGCUAGUCGGCGAUAUCUACGGCAUGGACUAUAGUAAGAUUGGCCUGAAGAGCACUGCCAUCGCCAGCACAUUUGGAAAGGUUUUCCGAUUGAAGAAUGGCGUUCAUGAAGAGGACGGAGAAGACCAGUCCCACGAUGGGGCGGGCCAAACGAAUGGCGAAGUAACAUUCAAGCCGGAAGACAUGAGCCGGAGCCUACUUUAUGCAAUCAGUAACAACAUCGGACAAAUCGCCUAUCUACAGUCUGAGAAACACCAAGUGAAGCAUAUCUAUUUCGGUGGAUCAUUCAUCCGAGGCCACCGGCAAACCAUGAACACGCUAUCCUACGCCAUCCGAUUCUGGUCCAAGGGCGAAAAACAAGCCUACUUCCUGCGUCACGAAGGCUAUAUCGGUGCCGUCGGAGCUUUCCUCCGUCGACAGCCAGCCAACUGGGGCCGCAGAAAUAGCCUCGACGGCGGUCCCGUGCCACAUGAUCUCAAGAAUAGCUCUACUUGACGAGUCCCAAGAACCAUCGUUCCUAUAGCAUCAUUGGAAGCUUGCAUGAUCUGUUUUUGUUUGAUUUAUACGCCCUUCCUUUCGUUUUCUGGGCUUCUGAUACCCGCUUCUUAUCGAUUUUCCCAUUGCAUGUUAGACAAAAGAAUAUACAAUUUGCAAGCGCACGUUGCAAAUAUCUCGGGACAUCACAGAGUCGGAUGUUACAUUGGCAUACCUACAUUUGUAUAAUAUUUCCUGAACACUUUUCGGACUUUCUCUUGACCCUUUUCGGUUUCCCGGGUUAACCGCCCUCGUCUGGAUCAAUCUAAAUUGGAGGGGUUAUAUUCCUCUCUUUCACUUUUUCGUCUUAUAUGAUUUGGGACUCAGUUGGCAUGUCGAUGAGAAAGUAGUCGCUAACCAGCGUAUUGCCUCUCGGUUUUCAAAUAUUUGACAGACGCGACAUGCGAAAUGUGAAAACUACAAACAAAACCGUUCAAGCGUACGCAAUCCAUGGA